UCAGGGAAACCCCCCCUUCUUUCAUGCAUCUCCUUGAGAACCCUCCUCUCCUCCGCCUUCCCUACAGCCAACUCCAUUUCCAGAACUCCUCUGUUUUGCCAUCCUUUCUCAAAGCCAUGGUGGUCUUAGCAAAUCAGGUAGACCAAAUAUCCCUUCUGGGCGCUCCAAAACCCGACGCUUACUUCUCCGGAAUCCCCGUCAUCAACCUCGCCGAGACAGGCUCUGCAGACGCCAUAGUCAAGGCCUGUCAAGAGUUUGGCUUCUUCAAAGUUAUUAACCAUGGGAUUCCCAUUGAUAUCAUGGCAAAAUUGGAGGAGGAGGCUGUCAAAUUCUUCUCCCUGCCUCAGGUGGAGAAGGAGAAGUCUGGUCCUCCCAACCCAUUUGGCUAUGGAAACAAGAGUAUCGGGCCUAAUGGUGAUGUCGGUUGGGUGGAGUACCUCCUCUUUGCGGUCACCUCCAAGCCCUUCUCUUACACGUCAAUGCCCGUUCUUCAAGAACCAUCGGCGAUCUCGUUCCGCUCUGCUUUGAAUGAAUACAUAUCAGCAGCGAGGAAGCUGGCUUCUGAGGUGCUGGAGUUGAUGGCUGAAGGACUGAAGAUUGAGCCAAGGAAUGUUUUCAGUAAGCUUGUGAUGGAUGAAACGAGUGAUGAAAUCUUUAGGCUUAAUCAUUACCCUCCUUGCCCUCUCCUUCAAGGGCUCAACUGCAGCUUGACUGGGUUUGGGGAGCACACUGAUCCACAGAUCAUCUCAGUCUUGAGAUCAAACGACACCCAAGGCCUUGAGAUUGCUCUGAGGGAUGGAAGCUGGGUCUCAGUCCCUUCAGACCAGGAGUCCUUCUUCAUCAAUAUAGGCGAUUCCUUGCAGGUUAUGACAAAUGGGAGGUUCAAGAGUGUAAGGCACAGAGUUCUGGCCAAUGGUUUGAAAUCUAGGGUCUCCAUGAUAUACUUUGGAGGGCCACCCCAGACACAGAGGAUUGCACCCUUGACACAGCUGAUGGGAGAAGGGGAGCAGAGCCUCUACAGGGAGUUCACAUGGGAGGAGUACAAGAAGGCUGCCUAUAAAUCAAGGCUGGCUGACUACAGGCUUGGCCAGUUUGAGAAGUAG